AAUUAGAAACAGGAUUUUUGUUUUAAUUAUGUGUUCGUAAAGCAAGGAGAUCCCAAUUGGAAAUCCACAGACAGCGCCACAAGCAGGGAUUUGCAUGUGCCCCCCAAGGAGCAGGCGAUUGCAGCAGCAGCAGGAGUGGGAUUAGGCCUUCGUUUUCGCCAGCCGCCUGCAGCGACGUCAACAGUAUUGAUACAGUGGGCAUUGCGACUCCACAACCACAACCACAUCCACAUCCGCAGCCACCAUGAGUUGGUUCGAAAAGGCCAAGACGGUGCUCAUUGAGGCGCUGGACAUCCAGGACGACGACAGCAAGGCGUCGGAGAAGGACUCGCCGGCCGCCGCCGGAGCUUCGGGCGAAAGUGGUGCACCUGGGCACACCUCAUCCGCGGAGGCACAAGGAACUGCGGCCACGCCCCCAUCGGAAACGCCCACUUUCUUCGACAAUCCGCAUGCCAACGAGAUGGUCACCAUUCCGCCCACGCCCACAUCCGUUCCGGGCAGUGUGGCCGCCUACGGCAAGCGCCAGUCGGCCACCUCGGAUUCGGUGGACCUGCUGUCCUCGCCGACGUCCCCGAUCUCGGCCAGCGGCGAGGAGGGCGCGUCGGUGGCCAAGCGCCUGUCCGAAUCCUCGCUGGAGCUGAUCACGGCCACCACGGCCAGCGAAAUGGAGAUGUCCCCGGACACGGAGCCCUCGCUGCCCGACAGCAUAGUGAUCAUCGCCAGCAACGACACAUCCGACAAUGCCGAGGGCGAUGGCGAGGAUGACGACGACGAGGACGAGGACGAGGACGGGGGCACGCAGCUGGAGCGGCACAUGGAGGAUCACCUGAACGACUCCACCAAAACCAUGAAGGCCCUGGUGUUGAGCGACAUCCAGGCAGCUGGGAAUGCCGACUCCGAUUCCACGCAAAGCUUCGAGGACAUCCAGCUGCAGAUGAGCCACAAGUCGGGCAAGUCGAGCAAGUCGGGCAAGUCGCCCGCCCCCGCCAAGGCGGAUGUGGUGGACCAGAGCUACUCGUCCACCUCGUCGGACAUCGAGAUCAUCUCGAAUCCGAACGGCGACUCCAGCACCAACAGCACCACCACGCGCACCAGUCCCCAGAAGUUCAAGGAGCUGGCCGCUGGCAAGGCGGGCGGGCCCAAGCCCAAGGGCCACCAUCGCGAGCCCUCGGAGAUCUCGCUGCUGUCGGAGGACUCGCAGUCGGAGCUGGACAAGCUGGUGCAGCGCAUCAGCGAGCUGAACCAGGUGAUUGAGGCGCGCGAACAGCGUCUGCUGCAGUCGGAGCGCCAGAAUGCCGAGCUGCUCGAGCGCAAUCAGGAGUUGCGGGCGCGCGUCGAGGCGGCGGCCAACAGCGCCAACAGUCCGGACGCGGCGGAUGCAGUGCAGCGUCUGUCGGCGCUGGAGAAGAAGUUCCAGGCCAGCAUACGUGAACGCGACGCGUUGCGCAUCCAGAUGAAGAGCCUGCGCGACGAGUUGCAGGACAAGAUACCCAAGGACGAGCUGGCCGAGUGCAAUGAGAUGAUCGCCGGCCUGCAAUCCGAGGGCGAGAAGCUGUCCAAGGAGAUCCUGCAGCAGUCGACGAUCAUCAAGAAGCUGCGCGCCAAGGAGCGCACCUCGGACACGCUGCUCAAGAAGAACGGCGAGCAGAUAUCGCUGCUCUCCAGCGAGUCGGAGCGCCUCAAGAAGUCCCUGGCCGCCAAGGAGGAGAUGGAGCGCACCCAAAUCGAGGCCGUGUGCCGCAUGACGGCGGAGAAGAAGCGUGUGGACGAGGAGAACCUGGAGGCUCGUGGCCGCAUCGAGGAUCUGCAAUCCCGACUGGCCGCCCUGCAGGCCAGCUUCGAUGGCCUCAAGGGCGAUCUGCAGAAGCGCACGCGCAACGAGCAGGACAGCCUGCGUGCCGAGCAGCAGGAGUACGUGCAGCAGGUGUCCGAUCUGCGCGAGAAACUGCGCCUGGCCGAGCACAGCCUGGCCAGGCGGGAGCAGCAGAUGCGCGAGGAGAACCGCCAGCUGCUGCGACGCCUGGAGGCCGCCGAGCUGCGGGCGGAGAGCUCCACGCAGGAGCUGGGCGCCACCACCACACCCCUGAUCCGCCAGAUCGAGUCGCUGCAGCGCACCCUGGACCAGCGGACCGCCGGCUGGAAUCGCGAGGAGCAGCAGUUGCUCCAGAAGCUGGACGACUCGCAGCUCCAGCUGCGCUCACUGCAGCAGCUGGAGUCCGUGCAGGGCGAGAAGCAGGAGCUGCUGCGCACCCGCUGCUCUCUCCUGGAGGAGAAGCUGUCCAGUGCGCUGAUGGAGGCGGAGGCGGCCAAGAUGGCCCUGCGCCAGCGGGACCUGGAUGCGGCCCACACGGAGGCGGAUCACAAGAGGCAACUCAGCGCGCUGCAGGCGGAGCUUGGGCAGCAGCUGGAGCAGAUUGCCAGCCUGGAGCAGCAGUGCAGGCAGCAGCAGCAGCAACAGCAGCAGGUGGAGAAGGAGCAACCCAGCCUGCUGACCGUGGAGGCGGUGAAGGCCAGCAGCGAGCUGCAGCCAAUGCAGAUGCAGAUGCCGAUGCAGAUGCCGAUGCAGAUGCCGAUGCAGAUGCAAAUGCAAAUGCAGAUGCAGCUGCCCAAAUCGCAGGCACCGCUGCGCUCCUCGCCGCCACUCAGUCUGGCGGAUGACAGUGGGUCCAACGAGGAGGCCCUGGGCGGCAUCAUCGACUGGCAGGCGGACGACCUCGACUGCGCUUCCAACUCGGGCCGCCAUCCAUCGGGCAUCGUCCAGGGUGUGCAGCUCAGCUUCCUGGCGGCCAACACCAGCACCUUUGAGCACCUGCAGGCGCUGCUGAAGCAACGCGAUGGUGAGCUGACCCACCUGCAGUGGGAGCUAUCGCGCCUGCAGGCGGAAAGGGGCGUGCUCGACGCCGAGAUAUCCAAUCUGACCAUCGAACUGGAAACGAUGAAGGAGAAACUGCUGGUGUACGAGGUGAUGGAGAAGGGAUACGAGGACCUGCAGCAUCGCUACGAUGCCCUGCUCCAGAUGUACGGCGAGAAGGUGGAACGCACCGAGGAACUGGAGCUGGAUCUGACCGAGCUGAAGGCGGCCUACAAGCUGCAGAUUGACGAGCUGCUGGCCGCCCCGCCGCCCAACCUCCAACGACCGCCGAAGCAGACAUGAUUGCCGGAGCGCAGGAUCGUCUCCCUGCCCGAAUUGCCAUGCCUGCGGCGAACGUGGCCACCAUAACGUUCCCGUCUCCGUCUCUGUCUCCGUGUCCGCUUCCGCUUCCGUGUCCCAUUCCCAGUUGCAAUGUACUAUGCUUUAUAUACUUAUCGAUUAGCCAAGCGAUCCGGAUUCGGAUCCGGAUCCGGAUCCACUUCCACUUCCACUUACCCAUCCUCCAAACAGCAACCACAACACACACACACACACCAUGUACAUGCGACUAUAUAUUUGUAUGAUUUGCGUACGUUGACACUUUCUAGUUAUAUUAUGAAUUGAUCGAUUGUGAUAAUUUAAUUUAUACUUAUAUAUACAACAAGUUAUCGUCUAUGACUAUGUACAAAACUGUUUCUGUUCCGAGCAGUUUGCCAGGCGGUUGUGAGGAAGCAGCUCCAACAGCCUCUUGCAAAUAAAUCAAAUAUCAUUUAAUACAGAGUAA